UCUCAAUACAUCAUACUUGGAUAUACAUGAGAAAAUGUCAUACAGACCUAAUGCGAACUCCAUCAAGAGUAUAACAGACCUUGAAGGGAUAUAUAAUGCCAUGUGUCAUGUAUUUCAAGACGCACAAUUAACUCUUUCUGGACAUCGUAAAUUGGUGGUUAUUUUGAAAAGUAUCCAUAAACGAGCAAUAGAAUUGGGUUUAGAGGACUCUUUCUCCAUGAAGUUCACCAAGUUAGUGAACUUUAUUUUACCUUUGAAGAAGGGUGAACAAGUUGGUGAUAGAAUCAUCAAAUUUUGUUCUGUUUUUGUGGCUUCAUUAUAUAAAGAUCAAGAAGCGGAACGUGAAGCAAAGGCGAAGGCAAAUGAAGAGAACGGAAUUGAAUCAGACGAGGAAGAAGAAGAAGAUUCCCCAACCGGAAGAUUUGUUGACUACCUUUUGCGUCACUUACUUCGAGGUAUACAGGCAAAAGAUAAACAAGUUCGGUAUCGAGUUGUUCAACUACUUGCAUACCUUGUGAAUAACAUCGGUGAGAUUGAUGAAGAAUUGUUUACUGCAUUGCAAUGGUCAUUGAAUAGGAGAUUGUAUGACAAGGAAGCAAAUGUACGUCUUCAGGCCAUUGUUGCGAUUUCUCGAUUCCAGUAUUUAAAUAUUCCAGAUGGGAAAAAGGCAACUGAAAGUAUGUUAUUGGCAAUGCAACAUGACGAUAGUGCCGAAGUUCGUAGAGCUGCAUUAUUGAAUUUACAAAAAACCAAUCAGACCAUCCCAUUCUUGAUAGAGAGAGCCCGAGAUACCAAUUCCAUCAAUAGAAGAUUGAUAUUUUCAAGAAUUUCAAAAGAAUUGGGAGACUUUCGAGAAUUGAAUAUUGAAGUAAGAGAAAGUUUGUUACGUUGGGGUCUUCAUGAUAGAGAAGCUUCCGUUCAAAGUGCAGCGGUAAAGAUGUUUGCAAGUAAUUGGUUUGAGACAGUCCAAGAAGAUCUUAUUGAAUUGAUAGAUACUUUAAAUGUGGUAAACAGCGAUAUUGCAGACACGGCUAUAAUGACUUUUUAUAAGUCAAGACAAGAGUAUAUUUCCAAGAUAUCAAUUACUAAAGAAAUGUGGAAAGAAUUGACUACUGAACUUGCAUUUUUCAUUAGAACAUUUUAUGAGUAUUGUAAUGAAAAUUCAUUAUUUGAUUUAAUUGAUAAAUUUUUCCCUGAAUCUAUUGAGUUAACUGAAAUAUUACUGAAAUAUUUCACACUUCGAAAAUCAUUCAUUGGUAACAAUCGUGAAGUUAUUCAAACAUAUGAGACUAUGCAUUCUCAAUUAGAGCAAUUACGGAAUGAAGAAUAUGAAUUAGAACACGAAAGGGAUGAUCCUGAAUCUAAAACUAGACUCAAAAAAGUAAAACAAGAAAUAGAAGUGGGAUUAUCAGAAUUUGAAGAACCAAGAACAAACUACAUCAACUAUUAUGAUCAAUUGAAAGAAUUAGAAUUCAUCAUUAAGCAAUUGGUUCUAGUUGCAAAAGAUUACGAUUUUAGUGAUGAAAUUGGAAGACGUGAAAUGUUACGAAUUAUAAGAUUAUCAUUAACAAAUGACGAACUUUCUGAUGAAUUGAUUAAAUUAUCAUUAAAGGUUCUUAAAAAAAUCUCUAUUAAUGAUAGGGAUUUUUCCACCAUGUGUACGGAAAUUGUUACCGAUAUACGUGAUUCAUAUAUGGAUGAUGUUGAUGAUGAUACUUUCCAUUCUGCCAUUUCAACGUUGAACAAUGAUAGUGAGGAGGAGAAGAAUGAAGAUGACGACGACGAAGAAGAAGAAGAGGAUGACGACAAUGACAAUGAUCAAGAAGGAAACAAUGGCGAACUUUCAAAUGAGAGAUCUAAUCCAAACAAACGUAGAAAGAAAGAACCAAAGCAACCACCAAAUGAGAUUCUUAUUCAAUGUUUGUUGAUCACUCAACAUCUUUUAGAAAUCACGGAGGAAUCAAUUUCAAAUGUUUCAUUGAGUUCUUUAUUGGACAGUUUGGUCAGACCUUCAGUUCUUCGAAAUGAUAAUACAUAUAUCCGAAACUUAGCAAUGACCUGUUUAGGAUUAUUCUGCUUGUUAGAUAAACAAUUAGCCAUUCAACAAUUAUACUUAUUCGGUGUUGCAGCAUCUAGAGCCGAUGAAGAAUUAAGAAUAAUAUCUAUUAAAGUUAUUGUUGACAUUCUCUCCACACACGGUGUUUCCGUUUUGGAUAUUGAAGGACAAGUCGAUUCACUUUCAUUGGCCAAGUUAUUCUACAAAGUAUUGAGAUUAUAUGAAAUGCCUAAAUUACAAUGUGUCGUCGCUGAAGGGUUAUGUAAAUUAUUUUUAGCGGAUAAUUUGGCUGAUUUUGGUAAGAAUAAGAAUAACCAAGGAGAGGAACCACAAGAACAAGAAGAUCAAGAGAAAGUUUUAUUUGAAACGUUGAUUUUGACGUAUUUCCAUCCACAAAACGAGAAUAACCAUGAAUUGAGACAGAUUUUGGCUUUCUGCAUCCCAGUAUAUGCAUUCAGUCACCAAACCCAUCAAGAUAAGGUCGCUAGUAUCAGUGGAGAUUGUUUCUUUAGAAUCUUUAGAGAAAAUGGUGAGUUUGAAAGAUUCGAGAAUGUCACCAGUCCUACUACAAUCAUUCAACAAUUAAUUCAUUGGUGUGACCCAAAUAAUUUAGUAAAUAUAACACCAGACGAAAUUAAAAAGUCUUCAUCACAUUUUUGGCAAGUUUUGGGAUUUUUACAAGUUAUUGAACAAGAUACCCCUAAAAAUAUCAAAAAGGUUAUUAUUUCAAAUUUGAACCGUAUAUAUUUGACUGAAGAAUUAGGAUCCACUGUUUUAUCUGGGUUGAAAAAGGCAAUUGAAGAUACGAGAUCUGUUAUUGAAACGAACCAAAAUGAUCCAAGUUUUGUUCUUGAUUCAACGACUGAUAGAAGUUUUGAAAAAUUUUAUCAAUCAGUUCGAGAAUUAACCGAACGAGCCAUUAUAAUUGAAGAAGAGAAGAAAAAGGAGGAAGGUCUAGUGGAAAAGGAUGAAAUUUCGAUUAAUCGACUGAUAAAUGAUGGGACGGAAAUUGACCGAGAAAUAACUGCCGAACCGAAAUCCGAAGAUAUAAUUGAAAUGGAACUAAGUAAGAAUAAUAUUGAAGAAGACGGAAAGAUAAACGACAAGGAAGUAAACGAGGAAGAAUUAAACAAUGAAGAAGAUCUCCAAGAUAGUCUCCAAAAAAUCGACGAGUUGCUUGAUGAAGAAGAAGGGGUUGAUUAUGACAUCAGUAUGGAGGAAUAGAGAGCGGAGAAACCGUCGUAUAUAUAAAGUAUAAUUAUAGUUUAUCGUAUGGAGCUUUUAAACAUUUAUACGGUAAACGACGUAAACGACAUGCAGGACGACUCGUAUAUACUAAACG